CGAACUCGCCAGUCCCGGCGCCGCUCCGUGGGCUGCAAAGUUUGCAGCGCGAGGCCGUCAAGGGAGCGCGCCGGCGCGGGCUCGGCUGAGCUCCACGCGGCUCAGGAUAGCCGUGGUCGCUGGCCCGGCGGCGCGGAUGCUCGGCGCACAGCGCUGCUACAGAGAGCCAAUCCCGAUACCUCGAGUGGGGUCAUCCGGGCUGUCCGAGUCCCACAGGGACACUCCAGCCGCGGACGAGGUGCACAGCCAACACUGAGCCCUCCUUGUCUGUUCUCCUGGGCUCAGACCCUUCACCACCGUUACUCAGCCAUGGCUCCAGGUCCUGCUCGGAUCAGCUUGGGGUCCCAGCUGCUGCCCAUGGUGCCGCUGCUCCUGCUGCUGCGGGGCGCAGGCUGCGGCCACAGGGGCCCCUCAUGGUCCUCAUUGCCCUCGGCAGCUGCCGGUCUGCAGGGGGACAGGGACUCCCAGCAGUCACCCGGGGACGCAGCAGCCGCUCUGGGCCCAGGCGCCCAGGACAUGGUCGCUAUCCACAUGCUCAGGCUCUAUGAGAAGUACAACCGAAGAGGUGCUCCACCGGGAGGAGGCAACACCGUCCGAAGCUUCCGUGCCCGGCUGGAAAUGAUCGACCAAAAGCCUGUGUAUUUCUUCAACUUGACUUCCAUGCAAGACUCAGAAAUGAUCCUCACAGCCGCCUUCCACUUCUACUCAGAACCUCCACGGUGGCCCCGGGCUCGUGAGGUAUUCUGCAAGCCCCGAGCUAAGAACGCAUCCUGCCGCCUCCUGACCCCAGGGCUGCCUGCACGCUUGCACCUAAUCUUCCGCAGUCUUUCCCAGAACACCGCCACUCAGGGGCUGCUCCGCGGGGCCAUGGCCCUGACGCCUCCACCACGUGGCCUGUGGCAGGCCAAGGACAUCUCCUCAAUCAUCAAGGCUGCCCGAAGGGAUGGAGAGCUGCUUCUCUCUGCUCAGCUGGAUACUGGGGAGAAGGACCCCGGAGUGCCACGGCCCAGUUCCCACAUGCCCUAUAUCCUUGUCUACGCCAAUGACCUGGCCAUCUCCGAACCCAACAGUGUAGCAGUGUCGCUACAGAGAUACGACCCAUUUCCAGCUGGAGACUUUGAGCCUGGAGCAGCCCCCAACAGCUCAGCUGAUCCCCGCGUGCGCAGGGCGGCUCAGGUGUCAAAACCCCUGCAAGACAAUGAACUGCCGGGGCUGGAUGAAAGACCAGCGCCUGCCCUGCAUGCCCAGAAUUUCCACAAGCACGAGUUCUGGUCCAGUCCUUUCCGGGCACUGAAACCCCGCACGGGGCGCAAAGACCGCAAGAAGAAGGACCAGGACACAUUCACCGCCGCCUCCUCUCAGGUGCUGGACUUUGACGAGAAGACGAUGCAGAAAGCCAGGAGGCGGCAGUGGGAUGAGCCCCGGGUCUGCUCCAGGAGGUACCUGAAGGUGGAUUUUGCAGACAUCGGGUGGAAUGAAUGGAUCAUCUCUCCCAAAUCCUUUGACGCCUACUACUGUGCUGGGGCCUGCGAGUUCCCCAUGCCCAAGAUUGUCCGCCCAUCCAACCAUGCCACCAUCCAGAGCAUCGUCAGAGCUGUGGGCAUUGUCCCUGGCAUCCCAGAGCCAUGCUGUGUUCCAGACAAGAUGAACUCCCUUGGAGUCCUUUUCCUGGAUGAAAAUCGGAAUGCGGUUCUGAAGGUGUACCCCAAUAUGUCCGUAGAGACCUGUGCCUGUCGGUAAGAUGGCUUCAAGAUAGAAGACAGACCUGCUUCAUCCCUGCCCUGCAGAGUGGCAAUCUUGGAGCCAGGGCUUGACUCGGGGAGGUUCCAGGUGCUAGACAGAGCUUACAGGCAGCCCUGCUGGGACCAAGAAAGAUCUGCCCACCACAUCGCAAUUCUUCAGUUCUUCCGUGCUGGUGGUAGCUCUGUAAAGACGUGUUGAGUUCCUGGAAGAAAUCUGGAAUUAACUGUGGUCUGCAAUUUGCCCAUCAUCCCUGCCCACACUUUUCAAGGCCUAGAAAUAACGUGUGUCCUCAAAUGUCAACUCCAGGCAUUUGUCCUCUCAAAACCUAGAAAGACUAUGCAAAUCUUGGGGUACUCCCCCCCCCAUGGCAGUUUAAAUGCUGUUUUAAAACCCUCAGGCUGCAUUCUAGAAACAGGGCCUAACCCAUGGCACGAGUGAGUAUUUUCUCUUACGUUUCACUACACGUGCUUUUAUACAUGCAGUAUGCACAUGUAAUCACGGUUGAUUUCUUCUUUUAAUAUAUGUAUUUCUAUUUCAAAGCAAAACGGAGAGAGUCGAUCCCAUCCCCUGCAGAGGUAAUAAUGCAAGUUAGGUGUGGGUUGUCUAAGCAUGUGUAUGGAAAUAAUACAUACAGUAAUAUGCUGGAAUACUAAAAAAGUAACCAAGAUUUUAUAUUUUUGUAAAUUAUACUUUGUAUACUGUAGAUUGUGAGUGUUCUGUGUUUUUAUGGAAAGCUAAUAAAUUAAAGGUGCGGAGGUAUCUGGAAAAACUGAAUGUCACCAUUCCACAAUAUCAAUUAUUCCCUUCUCCAGCCUGUAAGUCCCUACCCUGGGCUAGCAUUAAAAUGGAAUAUGGUUCCAGGAUGGCACAGAUACUGUCCUAGAGCUUCCUCAUAUCCCUAACCUAGUUGAUUGGCAAGUGUCUGUGUCACCUUUGGUAUUAAGUGACAGGAGCAGGUCAGUGUGAUAAAAGCAGAAGGAGAUUUGACAUAUGCAGCUAGGAAAUAUCUCAGGAGCUCCACAGUUCAAUAGGAACUGGAAGGGCCAGACGAUCUCCCAGAAUCCCUGUCCCCAAAGGUGACCCCAAUGACUCUACUAUGAACAGCAUUGGUGUGAUGCUGGCUUUCCUUACAGUGAUUAUUCCAGAAGCCCUGGGUUGGGCAAUUGUCAAGGAGAAAAGAGGUGCAGCCUGAGACAGACGCACCACAAUCCCUUCAGCCAGGGAUAGGGGCACAACAUUGGCCAGGGACCUCAGCACAGAGACCUACAGCUGCCAAGGCUUGCUAAGGAGGGAGGGAGGGAGCUGAGAAGCAGCUGGGGCUGCCGAAUUCAAUGCUCUCUAAGGUAGUGUUCCAGGAAAUGCAGGUGAGGCGAGGAAGGAGACAAGGAACUGUGCACACCAACCCUCACCCAACCACCACAUCCAUUUGGGCUGGGCGCUGCUCUGCUGUUUGCAAAACCCUUCACUGAGUCCGGCUUUAGGGAAGGGAGAUGGAACGUCUGUUUCCAGCCUGCCCCUUCAUGAAAUGCUACCUCCCAAUUCCUGGGCCUUCUGCUCAGGAGGCCCCAGUGGCGUGGGAAGCCUGGGCAGCCUCGGAGGAAGGCUGCAAUGACCGAAUUGUGGUCUUGGUGAACUGCAAGAGCAUCCAGAACAGGUAAGUGGGAGAGACAUAAACGGGACUUGAUGAAGUCUGUCCACAUCCUCACAUCCCAUCCCCUGAGAUGCUCCAUGUGCCCUAGGACAUCUGCAGACACAGAUACCCGCGCCCGUUAGCCAGGCAAGGAGGGACUAUGACCUGCCUGCAGCACGUGACACCUUAGUCCCCUAUCCCCGAAGGAAUGCACAGGAAGCUAAAUGAGUCCUUCCAAGCUUUUACAGAUGGUGUGGGAGUCUCAAGCUGACCUGCAGACUUGGCGCUUCGCUUGCCGUGUCACACACGGUUGGAACAUGGUGGAAUAUAAUUAUGUGAAUAGCAAAAUAAAUUAAUACCAGGGCUUG